AUGGCCACGGCAGUAAUUUGUCAGGAGCGGGUUGGAAGCGGCGAGAUCGGACUCGACCUCGAGAGGACCGGGAAAAUUGAAUCAGCGACGGGCGCCCAGCAUUAUCCUCUCCUGCAGCUCCAUCCUCCACACAGUUUAUAUAAGUACAAACACACACUCACGUACAAUUCAAUUCACAACCGUUCUACCUUACCCUUUCGUCCCCGUCCUGAGAAGAAUGCCACGGGAGCCGUGGCGUACAUCGCUUUUUCACGAGCAUCCUCGAUUGCCACAAGCAAACGGACACUACUGUGGACACGAAAACGACAUUCCUCCCACGGUGAGCGAAGACGAGAAAGCUUAGCUCUGUUGGCCUUCGUGCCGUUUGAUGGUUGUGCCCCACAGGCGACUGUCCACAAACACAACCGUCUUCAACCCGGGGCCCGCUGCUGGGCUUUAACGAGGGUUCCCGAACUUUCAAUCCACAUGCUUCUCGUCCAACGUAAAAAGAUGCAUGCCCAUCCGUCGAUGUGUCUGCAUGAAGCCAUUUCUGCAUCUCGAAGGAUUGGAGAAAACGAGGGCUCAGACCGUAUGCGGUUCAACAUGUUCCGAGCAGACACUCACAUGAAAGUUUCUUCGGAAAAAUCGAGCCCCCCAUCCAUCGUCAACCCUACGGUUCGACCCUUCAUCGCAGGGACGCUAUGA